GCUCACAUCGGUGCCCACCGGAAAAACAACAUCAUAUGACAAGAUGGCUGCCCGUGUGCUGUUGCAUGUCCUGUUAGUCGCCCCUCUUACCUUCGUCUGUUCGUCUUCAACACCGAAUCCUGCUGACACCCCUUACAACGUUCGUUACGUCGAACAGUACGUCGACAACUUCAAUUUUGCCAGCUAUGGACAGCAGACGUACAUGCAGAAGGUUCUUGUUUCAGAUGCCUAUUGGGAGAAGAGAGAAGGUCCAAUAUUCUUCUACACCGGAAAUGAGGGACCCAUCACGGCAUUCUGGGAAGCCAGUGGAUUCGUCAAGGAACUGGCCGCGAAAUUCAAAGCUCUGCUGGUUUUCGCGGAACAUCGCUAUUAUGGAGAGUCUCUGCCAUUUGGGAAUCAGUCCUUCACGAAGGAAAACAUCGGCCUGCUGAGUGUGGAACAGGCCAUGGCGGACUACGCUCGGCUCAUGACAGCUCUGCGGACACACCUGGACUGCAAGUCCCCGGAUGUAUGUCCCAUCAUCACUUUCGGUGGCAGUUAUGGAGGAAUGUUGAGUGCCUACAUGAGGUGUGCUCGCCGCUAACAGACAAGAAGGACCUGUCUCACCUGUACGGCUGGGUCCGGAACUCCUUCACCACCCUGGCCAUGUUGGACUACCCCUACCCUACAGAUUUUGAGGCAAAGCUACCAGCCAACCCUGUCAACGUAGCUUGUGGUUUGAUCUUAAACAGCAGCGACCUACUGAAGGGACUGUCAAAGGCAGCAGGACUGGCCUAUAACGGAACAGACGGGACUCUCGAGUGUUUCGACAUCUUUGACGAGUUCGUGGCGUGUGCAGACCCUACAGGGUGUGGUCUGGGAGAUGAUUCAACUGCAUGGGACUAUCAGGCAUGCACGGAGGUGAGCCUGCUAGAGAGUACCAACAACAUGACGGACAUGUUCCCACCGGACAACUACACGGCGGAGGCCCGGACGGAGUACUGUCGGGCCAAGUACGGUGUCACGCCGAGACCGGGGUGGAUGGGCGUGCAGUUCUGGGGCAAAAAUAUUUUGUCGUCGAGUAACAUCAUCUUCUCCAACGGUGACCUUGACCCAUGGCGGCGGGGCGGGGUCCUGACUAACGUGUCCUCUUCCCUUGUCGCCAUAACAAUAGAGGGAGGAGCCCAUCACCUGGACCUCAGGUGUGUCAUGCUUAUCUGUCUUUGUAGUGUUCACUUAUGGCAUGUAAAAUAUCAUAUUUGGGGAGGACAAGGCGCAAGCAAACAGUUUCGUGACGGCACACAGUCCAUGACAUAUCAUAUCAUAUCACUCCACAUGAAAUAUCAUAUACUCCACAUGAAAUAUCAUAUACUCCACAUGAAAUAUCAUAUACUCCACAUGAGAUAUCAUGUACUCCACGGAGUAAGGAUUCCGAUGUCUCAAUAUUUUCGCUAUUUUGAUACCACAGAAACUACAGCUUCCGUUGUGCAAAGAGGAAUGAGCGCACAACACACAUAGAUAGAUUUAGUAACCUGUCCUUGGUGCUGAUCAGCUUUCAAA